UUUAUAACGGUGUUUUCUGAUUUUCCAUCAUAAUCGUAUGAUACCUCGUACUUUUACGAUUAUAGUAAAGAUAAAAUCGUAAUUCGUUGUGGCACCAUUCAGAUUUUUUUGACUAAAAAUCUUAACCAUCGAGAUCUACAAGAUAAGAUAAUCGAAAAAAUGCAAUCGUACCACCUUUUCAAGCGAUAAAUUUGUUUAAAACGUUUAUUAUUGCGUCAUAUUUUUUUAUUUUUAUGUUUCGACUGCAAUUUCCAACAGUAAAUAAAUAAGUGAUUACGGGGAAUUCAAGAGAAUUUAAAAUCUCAUAGUUUUAAAGUCCGAGGAUGAUUGGAUUUUCUAAUUUUAGAAGUUGUAUAAUAGAAUCGAAAUACAUAGUUGUAUUUUUUAUAUCUUGUAACAGUUUUAAGUAUUUAUCAGUUAAUGCAUGUAUGUAAUGCUAAAGUUUAGCUUUGUAUUUUUAGCAUGCUUCAACUUAGUGCACUUUCGAAAAGAAGCUUUCUUUUCGAAACAAUUAUUCAUAAAUAAUAUUUUUGAAUUAAUUAUUUGAUUAGUUGUGCCAUCUAUGAUUAAUUCGAUGCAAAUUAAGCUUAAACGAUUUUGUACUAGAUGGCGGUACUUUUUUAAAUUUAUUACCUGUCAAGUGUCAAUUCAAAUGUUGACUUAAAAGAAAGUUCGUUUGCUAUUUUGUAAUUGUUGAUUUUGUGAAGAAAAGUUUUCAAGUCACGGUACGUAUUUCUAGUCCUACUGCCAGCCGGCUCCUUUCAGUGAUGACGAAGCUGCCGUAAGGGCUCGCGAAGAAUGCGAUUACACACAAAAAAUCACCUACGAACAGGCGCUGAAUGGGGAGGCCCCCAGGCCAGUGCGCGUUUAUGCAGAUGGGGCCUACGAUCUCUUUCAUCAGGGCCAUGCCCGCCAGCUUCGGCAGGCCAAAAACGCCUUCCCUAACAUCUAUUUGAUAGUCGGAGUUUGCAAUGAUGAGCUAUUACAUAAAAUGAAAGGCCGUACUGUAAUGGACGAAGACGAACGUUAUAAUUCAGUAAAACAUUGUCGUUACGUCGACGAAGUCCUCCGUAACGCACCUUGGGAGCAUAGCGAGGAAUUUUUAACCGAAAAUAAAAUAGAUUUCGUCGCACACGAUGAUAUUCCAUACAGUUCUGAAACAACCGAUGAUAUUUAUGGCCCGUUAAAAGCGAAAGGAAUGUUUUUGCCAACAACACGUACUGAGGGAGUUUCCACGUCGGAUAUCGUAGCUCGGAUCGUUCGUGAUUACGAUAUUUAUAUAAGAAGAAAUUUACAAAGGGGUUAUUCAGCGAAGGAGUUGAAUAUUUCUUAUUUGAAAGAGAAAAAGUACAAGUUUCAAAAUAAAAUGCACGAGUUGAAAGAUAAAAGUAAAAGGGUUAUUGAUUCGAUUGGGGAAAGGAGGGAUGAUUUGAUUAAUAAAUGGGAAGAAAAAUCGAAAGAGCUGGUUGAAAAUUUUAAAUUAUUAUUCGAACCGGCCAAGUUAAGAACGAUUUUUAGCGAGAGUCGUGAUAAGCUAUUGAAGGCGCUUACUCCGCCUGGUUCACCAACGGAAAGUGCAAGUACAAGCAGUGAGGAUGUUGAGGAAGAAAUUGAUGAACCUCCACGGAAAUUAAGAAGAAUUUAUUAGAGAUAAAUGAAAACAAAAAUCAGUACAAAUUAAUUUCAUAACAUCACAAAUAUUAGUACAACUACGUUUUUUAAUCUUUUUAUUGAGUACUUAAUAAGACUGCUGUUCUUCUUGUGAUAGCAACUUCUCUAUCUUUUUAAUUUUAUUUUUUUCCUUUUUAA